AUGUCGUCAAGGUGCCUUCUCUGGUUACCGCUGUCCAACACCCACACGGUACUCACCAAUCCCUUGUUGGCUCCAUUUCGUUCUCCAUCAUACCCCAGAGCGGUUUCUCCACCUCUUAUUACUGCCUCUACAGUCGCUGCCAUCAUCUCGCCUUGUCUGCUUCUUGUUUCCCCCGCCAUCUGCUCUUCUGCUACUCGCCACUUAUUCACCUCCGCCUUGUCUCCCCGUUUCUCGACACAAUCUGCUCCCUUACCCUCUUUUCCAGAACAACACCAAAAGCACCACUACACUAUGACAGCCGUUGAACGCCUUGCUGAUGUUCUCGAGAAGCCCUCUGUUGAUGAUCGCUCUUAUCGUGUUAUCCGACUCCCAAAUAAAUUAGAGGCUCUGCUUGUUCACGAUCCCGAUACUGACAAGGCAAGUGCUUCGGUUAAUGUGAAUGUUGGCAAUUUUUCAGACGAUGAUGACCUACCAGGAAUUGCUCACGCUGUAGAACACGCUCUUUUUAUGGGAACAGAAAAGUACCCAAAAGAAAAUGCCUAUAAUCAGUACCUGGCGGCACAUUCAGGCUAUUCAAACGCAUAUACAGCAGCAACAGAAACAAACUAUUAUUUCGAAGUAGCUGCCACAGCGACUUCCCAAUCCAAAAGUUCACCGGAGAUUCCUCCAGCUACUGCUGCAUUUCCCGCAGAGGUGGAGCCACUGACCGAUGGCCUUUCUAAACCGCCUUUCCCUAGUAUUGCAGACAGCGCAGCAUCCUCCUCCAAUGACUUGGUUCCCCCGCUUUAUGGCGCUCUUGAUAGAUUUGCCCAGUUCUUCAUUGCUCCGUUGUUCCUUGAGUCUACUUUGGAUCGCGAGCUAAGGGCGGUAGACUCGGAGAAUAAAAAGAACCUUCAGAAUGAUGCCUGGAGACUUCUGCAACUCAACAAAUCGCUUUCAAAUCCCAAGCACCCUUACCACCACUUCUCAACAGGAAAUUUGAAAACCCUAAGGGAUGGACCUCAGUCACGUGGUAUAAAUGUACGGGACGAAUUCAUACGUUUCUACGAAACGAACUACUCUGCAAAUCGUAUGAAACUAGUUGUCCUUGGACAGGAAUCUUUGGAUGAGCUGGAAGGCUGGGUUGCGGAAUUGUUUGCCGACGUCAAGAACAAAAGCUUGCCGCAAAAUAGGUGGGAUGAUGUUCAACCGUUUACAUCAGAGAAUUUGCAGAAGAUCUGCUUCGCAAAACCAGUCAUGGAUAGCCGGUCUUUGGACAUGCUUUUCCCUUACCAGGAUGAGGACGAUAUGUAUGAAUCAAAGCCCUCCAAGUAUAUCAGCCACUUGAUUGGCCAUGAAGGACCCGGUAGUAUUCUUGCCUAUAUCAAAGCGAAGGGUUGGGCAUACGGGCUUUCUGCCGGUGCCCUAGCUCUUUGCCCAGGCUCUGCUUUAUUCACCAUCUCUGUCCGUCUUACAGAAGAUGGUCUGAAACAUUAUGAAGAAAUUGUUAAAGUCAUUUUCCAGUACAUCUCCUUGAUCAAGUCACGGGCACCUGAGGAAUGGAUUUUUGACGAGAUGAAAAACCUUGCAGAGGUCGAUUUCAAAUUCAAACAGAAAUCUCCGGCAAGCCGUUUCACAAGCAGCCUUAGCAGCGUCAUGCAAAAGCCCUAUCCGCGAGAAUGGCUCCUCAGCGGCCCAAGCUUGAUUCGGAAAUUUGACGAACAAGCUAUCAGACGUGGCCUCGACUUUUUCCGAGCGGAUAAUUUCAAUAUUGAGCUUGUUUCUCAAACUUAUCCAGGAACCUGGGAUUCUACCGAAAAAUGGUACGGUACUGAGUACAGAGUCGAGAAGAUUUCUAGUGAUAUGCUUUCCCAAAUCGAGCGUAUUCUACAGGCUCCGUCAAACAACCCGCUACCGGAACUUCACCUACCGCAUAAGAACGAAUUCGUUCCAACACGGCUCGAGGUUGAGAAGAAAGACGUGCUCGAGCCAGCAAAGAAGCCUACGCUUAUCCGGAAUGACGACCGUGUCAGGGCAUGGUUCAAAAAGGAUGACACAUUUUUCGUUCCUAAAGCAACGCUUGAAAUCACUCUUCGGAAUCCGUUGGUAUACGCAACCCCUGGUAAUAAUGUCCUUACCAAGAUAGCAUGCGGUUUAAUCCGGGAUGACCUUCAAGAGUAUUCCUAUGAUGCCGAGCUGGGUGGACUUGAUUAUAGUUUAUCGGCGAGUGUUUUUGGUCUCGAGGUGACCGUUUCCGGCUAUAAUGACAAGAUGGCAGUCCUCUUGGAAAAGGUACUCCAUAGCAUGAGAGACUUCAAAGUUAAGCCAGACCGUUUCAAGAUAGUUAAAGACCGGAUGACCAAGGGCUUCUCCAAUGCCGAAUUUCAACAACCAUACCAUCAAGUUGGAAAUGUGACCAGGUACCUGACAGCAGAGAAAGCAUGGAUUAAUGAGCAGCUUGCUGCUGAGCUGGAGCACAUCGAAGCCGAAGACGUGGCCGCUUUUUUCCCGCAACUACUCCGCCAAACCCAUAUCGAACUUCUGGGUCACGGCAAUUUGUACAAGGAAGAUGUAUUGAAAAUGGCAGAUUUGAUUGAAUCUACAUUCCAUGCCCGCCCAUUGCCCAAGUCUCAGUGGCACAUGCGACGCAACAUAAUCUUCCCUCCAGGCAGCAAUUUCGUCUACGAGAAAACGCUGAAGGACCCAGCAAACGUAAACCACUGCAUUGAAUAUUAUUUAUUUGUGGGAAGCUUGAUGGACCCGCAGCUGCGUGCCAAAUCUCUCUUAUUCGGUCAGCUUACCAACGAGCCAGCAUUUGACCAACUCCGAACACAGGAGCAGCUUGGGUAUGUUGUAUGGAGUGGUGUGCGGUAUGCAGCCACGACGCUGGGCUAUCGCGUUAUUAUCCAGAGCGACCGAACCAACCAAUACCUGGAGACUCGUAUUGAUGCGUUUUUAGCCGGCUUUGCAGAGACAUUGGAUAAGAUGACGGGGGAGGAGUUCGAGGGCCACAAACGCAGCCUCAUCAACAAACGGUUGGAGAAGCUGAAGAACCUGAACUCCGAAACGGGCCGGUUCUGGUCGCAUAUCGGAUCGGAGUACUUUGACUUUUUACAACACGAAACAGAUGCAACGAUAAUUGCAGAAUUGAGUAAGGCGGAGAUGAUCGAGUACUAUCACCAAUAUAUCGAUCCAAGUUCCCCAACUCGUGCUAAGCUUUCGGUGCACCUAGUCGCACAAUCUCAAGCGCAUAAGGCUGUCGGAUCCGAUGCUACGACGGAAGAGCGAAAGGCGAAGCUUGUGGAGCAGUUGUCGGUUAUCCUAUCCUCGUCCUCGAUCGAGUUCGAUAACAACAAGUUCAAGUCGUCGUUUGCCAAUGUGGAAAUAACCAAUUGCAAUAGUGAAACUAAGGAUGCUAUCAUGUCUACGAUCAAGGGUUUCCUGGAAGCCGAAGUGAAACUGGACGAUGAGAAGGUUGCCAGCAUUGUCGGCCCGACAGCCAACGUCCUUGAUGAACUGCUGCAAGUUGUUAGCAUUGUGGCGUCGCUUGAGGCAGACAAAGUUGCUAACGGGGUUGCUAAUGACACUGUGAUGACAAAAUCUCAGAGUGUGAAACCGACGUACAUCACCAACGUUCCUGAGUAUAAGGCACGCCUUGAGAUCAGCACCGCUCCGGCACCAAUCGUGGAUCUGAGCGAAUUCGAGGAGGUCGAUGCGAAGUUGUAA